GGGUGUGGGAAUUUUUCUCCUCUUGACCCCUCCAUUCCCUCCACCUUUCCCGCCUUUAACAACACUCCUCCCAUUCUGUGCCCCGACAAAUUUUCCUCUAUCCUCCUAAGCACCUAAACACCUUGGCUGUCGGUGGUCACUCUCAACUCUGCGAUCCCGCCGCCUCAAGCCAACUCCUGGCUGUCAUUUAUCUUUCGAGCCUUGCACUGAUACGACUCUCCCUCUCUCUGUCUAGAGGACAAAGAAGAAGAGAUCGCUGGUGAUUUGUAGCGACUUGGAGGUGCAAUCAGGCCACUUCGACCCAUACAACAUCACCCCGCCUCCUCUUCCACCUUGGUCCAUCGCCAGUCUCAGGACCUGAGCCCUGAUCUCGACACACCCACACUUAGCACAGUUUUCGGCAUCAAAUACUGCCAAAAUGGUCAACUUCACGAUCGACGAGAUCCGGGCGCUUAUGGACAAGCCCACCAAUGUCCGUAACAUGUCCGUUAUUGCCCAUGUCGACCACGGCAAAUCUACCCUGACCGACUCUCUCUUGGCCAAGGCUGGCAUCAUCUCCACCGCGAAGGCUGGUGAUGCCCGAGCCACCGAUACAAGAGCAGACGAGCAGGAGCGUGGUAUCACUAUCAAGUCCACUGCCAUCUCCCUAUAUGGCGAGCUACCCACGGAUGAUGACCUCAAGGACAUCGUUGGCCAGAAGGUCGACGGUAGGGAUUUCUUGAUCAACCUUAUCGACUCGCCCGGUCACGUCGAUUUCUCUUCCGAAGUUACCGCUGCUCUCCGAGUCACCGACGGCGCCCUCGUCGUUGUUGAUACCAUUGAGGGUGUUUGUGUCCAGACUGAGACUGUCCUGCGACAGGCUCUGUCGGAACGUAUUAAGCCUGUGGUCAUCAUCAACAAGGUUGACCGCGCUCUUCUCGAGCUCCAGGUCUCCAAGGAGGAUCUAUACCAAUCCUUCUCCCGAACCAUCGAGUCCGUGAACGUGAUCAUCUCCACCUACCUCGAUAAGUCUCUGGGAGACCUACAGGUUUACCCGGAGAAGGGUACCGUUGCUUUCGGCUCCGGCCUUCACGGGUGGGCUUUCACCAUUCGUCAAUUUGCCAUCAGAUAUGCCAAGAAGUUCGGUGUUGACCGAAAUAAGAUGAUGGAGCGUCUAUGGGGUGACAACUACUUCAAUGCAGCAACCAAGAAGUGGACCAACAAGGGUACUCACGACGGCAAGCAGCUAGAGCGCGCCUUCAACCAAUUCAUUUUAGACCCUAUUUUCAAGAUCUUCUCCGCUGUCAUGAACUUCAAGGAGGAAGAGGUCGCCACCCUUCUAUCCAAACUUGACCUCAAGCUGCCAUCGGAGGACAAGGACAAGGAAGGAAAGCAGCUGCUGAAGGCGGUCAUGAGGACGUUCCUGCCUGCCGCCGACUCUCUGCUGGAGAUGAUGAUUCUCCACCUGCCAUCGCCCGUUACUGCUCAAAAGUACCGUGUCGAGACCCUGUACGAGGGCCCUCCUGACGAUGAGGCUGCCAUUGGCAUUCGCGACUGCGACCCCAAGGCCCCUCUCAUGCUCUACGUCUCCAAGAUGGUGCCAACCUCUGAUAAGGGUCGUUUCUACGCUUUUGGCCGUGUAUUUUCUGGUACCGUCCGAUCCGGCCUCAAGGUCCGCAUCCAGGGCCCCAACUAUACUCCUGGAAAGAAAGAUGAUCUGUUCGUCAAGGCUAUCCAGCGUACCGUUCUGAUGAUGGGUGGCAAGGUCGAGCCCAUCGAUGACAUGCCUGCCGGCAACAUUGUCGGUCUAGUCGGCAUUGAUCAGUUCCUGCUCAAGUCCGGUACACUCACCACCCUCGAGACGGCACACAACCUCAAGGUCAUGAAGUUUUCCGUAUCCCCUGUUGUCCAGCGAUCUGUCCAGGUUAAGAAUGCCCAGGAUCUGCCCAAGCUGGUCGAAGGUCUCAAGCGUCUGUCCAAGUCCGACCCUUGCGUCCUGACUAUGACCUCCCCGUCUGGCGAGCACGUUGUCGCUGGUGCCGGCGAGCUACACCUUGAGAUCUGCUUGAAGGAUCUCGAGGAGGACCACGCUGGUGUUCCUCUCAUCUUCUCCGACCCUGUCGUUCAGUACCGAGAGACCGUAGUCGGCAAGUCGAGCAUAACUGCUCUGUCCAAGUCGCCCAACAAGCACAACCGUCUAUAUAUGGUUGCCGAGCCUAUCGACGAGGAACUUGCAAAGACGAUCGAGGACGGCAAGAUCGGACCCCGUGACGAUUUCAAGGCCCGCGCCCGUAUUUUGGCUGAUGACUUCGGCUGGGAUGUUACCGAUGCCCGAAAGAUUUGGUGCUUCGGCCCUGACACGGUCGGUGCUAACUUGUUGGUCGACCAAACCAAGGCCGUGCAAUACCUGCAAGAAAUCAAGGACUCCGUCGUAUCCGGUUUCCAGUGGGCUUCGCGUGAAGGGCCCAUCGCGGAAGAGCCGAUGCGAGCUACCCGAUUCAACAUUCUCGAUGUCACCCUACACGCCGAUGCCAUCCACCGUGGCGGUGGCCAGAUCAUCCCGACGGCCCGACGUGUCCUGUACGCCGCUACUCUGCUUGCUGACCCUGCUCUUCAGGAGCCCGUUUUCUUAGUCGAAAUCCAAGUCCCCGAGCAAGCCAUGGGUGGUGUGUACGGCGUCCUCACCCGAAGAAGAGGUCACGUCUUCAACGAGGAGCAACGUCCUGGUACUCCUCUAUUCACCAUUAAGGCGUAUCUCCCCGUCAUAGAAUCGUUCGGCUUCAACAGUGACCUUCGACAAGCUACUUCUGGUCAGGCUUUCCCGCAAAUGGUGUUCGACCACUGGCAAGUGCUUCCUGGCGGAUCACCACUCGAAAAGACCUCAAAGGUUGGGCAAAUCGUCGAGGCGAUGCGCAAGCGCAAGGGUCUCAAGGUCGAGGUGCCCGACGUAAACAACGUAGGUGCAAGAUUUCUAACUGCCAUGGCUUGCUGUGUGCUAACCACAUGCUCUAGUACUACGACAAGCUAUAAAAGGCUCGCUGCUAUGCUUUAUAAACUACGACCUGGCGCCAUUAUCGGGGACUAUCACGAGAGGGCUCGGCACGCUGCUUCCGAGUUGGUCGCAUGGAUGGGGCGGCCUCCACAAGGUCCAAGAGGAAUGAUCUGCGGCCGUGGGUACAGAAAAGGUGUGCAAAGAUGCUGAGCACGGAACUUCCAUUGGUUGUCGUGCAUCUUAGUUACUUCAGUUUUCAUGCAAUUGAUGAUAAUUUAGACAGUUUAGUCCUCGGUGAAAUCGUCCUUGAUUCGGCUUUCUCUCACUAAGAAGUUGCCUACUCGUUGGAGGUUUGUGAGCAAUCAGCAAUUGCUAAGUAGGCAUACGGAAUCUCUCGAGGCAGAUCUGAGGAGGGUUAUUCUGGAUUGAGGGCAAGACUGACAGGUGGGCGAAGUCGAACUGGAUGCUGAGGCUGAUAUGAGCGAAGGGGGGAGGGGGAGAGGGAGAGAGAGACGGGAAGAAAAAAAAGAGUUGGUCGACACAGGGGGGAGGGAGAGAGAGAGACGGGAAGGAAAAAAGAUGGUCGGCGCAGGGAUCGAACCUGCGACCUUCUGCAAACUCACACGCUCAAUACGCUGGGCCAGGACCAGGAUAGCAACGCUUGUAUCUGGCCUGUAACAGGAAUCAAGACAUAAUGCAAGGCAGAUGUGCUACCACUACACCAGCCGACCUAUUUUAUUACUUUACCUGAACACUAUUAUGCAAUAUAAGGCCUUUGCCCC